UUUGCGUUAAACUUGCCGGCAUUAGAAUUUAGACAACCUGAAUCGAUUGUGUGGGGCGAAUUUCAGCCAUGGUUGUGAUGGACCCGACGAGCCGGGUGCCGGGGCCCACAGAGGACUUGUGGACGCCGUACAAGGAGCUGCACAACACAAUCGCCAAGUAUUUGGCCUCGCCGGGCGACUACCCGUCCGUCAUUCUCGAGGAAAAUCUCAAAAACUUUAAACAAACAUUUCUAAAUCUCUUGAAAAACUCGGCUCCUGACUCGAAAAGCCGGCAAGAGUUGAUGAAAUGCGUGCAGGAGAACACCAGUUUGCCUCACCGACAGACCCUGCAUGUGUCCAGGGAGCUCAUGGAGGAGACCAUCAUUCUCUCAGACAUGUUCGGCAUCAACGAAUACGUCGCUCUAGACCUGCUGGGAGUUGCCGAGAUGCAAAUGCAGCACUUCCCGGACCUGACGAGGGGUCUGGUGGCCGUCAUGCUGUACUACGACGGGCGGAAGGCGGUGUGCGACUCGCUGUGGUUGUUGGCGCAGGCCCGAAGGGGCAUCAGCUGGGACUUUGCCAGUGGCUGCGACAGCCGACUCAUCGCGGCCUACAUGGAUCAGUUGGUGUCCAACAACCUGAUCACCACCAUCCUGGACCUGCUGAACCAGAUUGAUGUGAACCGCGAGAUGGAAAAGCUGCAGAAGAAUCGAGGGCUCGGUGGACCCAAGCACCAGCGCCUUGUGCACGAGCUCAUCCUCGGCAUCAGGCAGUCGCUGGCCAACGUUGUCUUCUGCCUCGCAGCUCAGGCCGGUUUGCCGCAAGCGGCGCUCCUCCCCCUCAACAAGCACAUUUCAGAAAUCAAGAUUGAAGACGGAGCUGUGAUUGACGAUGUCAGUUUGACUCUUGUGAUGGCCCAGCUGUAUGCCUUGGACGUCAGCGUUUUGCAGAAAAAAGAGGAGCACGAUGAACUGGUGCAGCGGCUGCCAUUGGUGUCGGAGCACAGUCUGAUCCAGAGUCUGAUGAAGGACCUGUCUCCGAUGACGACAACCACGUGGAAUUGCAGCGACCUGCAGAGACUGGCGCAAUUGGCAUGGGGCCUGUCUCUGUGCGCACUAAGAAACACGCCCGCCGCCAUCAGGAACAAGCUGAACCUGCGGGGAGAGGAGGAUGAUGAGCUGCUGAUCAAUAGUGCGCUUGACGCUGACAGCACUGUCUUCAAAUUCCUGAACACCAAAAUGCUGCCCAGCCCUGCGUUUGCCAAAGACGAUUUUUACGUCUGCCGAAUGCAUACCUUGUUCACGGACUUCCUCAUUCUGCUCCCGAUGAAGGUGAAGGAAAUGCGCAACCAAGCUGACGAGAACGCUAAGGUCAUCAAUGUUUUCUUCCAACAAGGAUUGAAUCCACCGAAAAACCAGAACAAUCACUUCGAGAACCUCCUGCUCUGCAUGGCCAUGGUUUAUGACAGCGACAAACGUGGUCUCGGACGCGAGUAUUGGGGGUUGCCACCCUCUGAUGGUCACAUGGUUUUGUCCAGAACGCCAGUUUCUCAGAACAUUCUGAGCAAAUUCGCCAACUUGACAAAAGAUUAUCUACCCUCCCUGCUCUACGUGCCGUACCUCAAGUUUCUGACGUCGCUAGCCAAGGAGCCGCAAGGCGUUCAGCAUGUGUUCCAGCUUCUCAACACCACCAACGACAGCAAGUGCACCAUUUCCUGGACUCACUUUUACCGAGCAAUGCACAAGUACGCUAGCAACCUGAGCCAGGAUACGCAAGUUUUGGCCACAGACUCUGUUUACAGACCGCGAGGAAUGCCGAGGGGCAUAAACCCGCAAGAGUUGCUUGGUCUGCACAGCGUGUUGACCUUGAUCAAGACAGUUGCAGAAAACGAUCCAGUGGGCAGACAAAGCUUGGCCCAGAAUCCCAGCUGGUCUCCUGUGCAGACUUUCCUGGCGCUGGUACGUUGUGCCGUGCCUGUCCCUCUCAAGGCCGACAUCCUUCUCACCCUGUCCGCGUUUGCCAAGUCUACCGAGGUGGCCACUGAAAUCUGGCAGCAGAUCGAGGCAGCAAAUAUAAUCUGUACUGUGGCCUCAACCAGCAGCUACCAACCCAAAGGCCUCCAGACGGAACUGGAAGAGGUUGAGACCCGCAAUGAGGAAUACCCUCUUUCCAGGGCCGCGAUGGUCCUGUUCAACUCUCUGGUGCAGGGCGUCGAGCUGCCGCUACUCCUUGGAAUGGGCAAGAGGCCGCCAGGACUCUCGCCUUACAUGUUCUUUGCCCUUGACUGCGUCUUUCUGCCGUUUUUGCACCGAACCUACAGAAAACCAGAGGAAAAGUGGCAAGUGGCAGAGAGUAGCCUGAGACUGCUGCACUCGCUGCUCUCGCAGUAUGAACCGAGUGUGCAGGACAUUGCUGGAAGGAAGGUGGAAAUAACUCCAGGACAAAUGCCCACAGACGUCGCUCCCCACCCUGGAUUCAACAUUCUCGUCUCCCUGAACUCGCCUUCACCACUACUAAAAUUGGUGCUGCAAAUUCUGGACGAGGCGUGUCUGCAUUUGGACAAGUUCACCGACUUCCCUGGAAAGAGAGAACUUGAGAUUAGCGCCCAUAUUUGUCUGUCCCUGCUGCACCUGGCCCUGGCAAAGCUGCCUAAGCUAACAAAGGUGUUUUCAAAUGCAACCACCACUAAGCAAGUCGUUCAGACCAUUGUCGGACUCGACAAGCUCAUCUUCAACAUCAAUCCGCGAACUGGACAUCAGGACCAUCCCAUUAAUAUCAUCAAGUUCAUGUCAUAUGCUCAGUGGCUGCCCGGACACGCGUCCCUGGCUAUUAGGUUCCUGACACUGCUGGCGUCCAACGCAAGCAGCCAUCACAAGCUGCUUCAAGUUGUGGCUUUCUCCAUCCAAUCAAAGCCGUCAAAGCACGCUUUCGUGGACAUACUCGACUUUGCAAACUCCUUUGAGGAUCCUUAUGAACCAGAGAAGGAUGGCGCCGCGCUUUCCCUGCAGCUGAAAGAGGAGGUUCUCGAUUUCCUGGCGCAGAGCCUUCUCUUCCCCGCCCCGACAGUGGCCCACCUGCUGUUGGGCUACGAGAUCAAGAGGGAGAUGAGGCACACUGUGCUCCAGCAUCCAGGAGUGCUGAGCUUUCCAAGAUCCUGUUUGCACUCGAUUAUUCAAUUGCUGGACACCUUGGCUAACGUUCACGGCGCUUACCAGAAGCCCGGCCGUAUCCACGAGCGGUGCUAUGCCAUCCUGCACACCUUGUGUUCCAACCCUGAGAGCGCCAGGCCCACCUUGAAAUAUCUGAGACUCUGCAACGACUUCCUCUCUCGGCAUGUUAUCAAAAUCCGCAACGCCAUCAUCGCAAAGACUUCGUUUGGUCUUCACUGCGCCUCCUGGCUGCUCAGAUGCAUUGCCGUUGACCUGAAACUGAGCUUCUGUGAAAAACAGAAAUCGUCUAUUCAGGGUCUGUUGAGAGCACUCUUGUCCAUGCCAGCUGACGAUCUUAUGAAGUCUGUGGACACCACUCAUCUCAGCUACAGUGGCUACCAUGAAAAGCAACGCCACGGAUCUGAAUUGAUGGCCAUGAUUCUGCAAGACAUUGACUUCACCAUGCAGGAAGUGGAGGCACUGCCAUGGAGGUUUUUCGACCACUCUCAGAUUGAAUUGGCAUUGAAAAAGUGUGAGUUCCCUGCUGGAAGCCCGUCUGAGGGUCUGGUUGACAUUUCCAAGUUAAGUUUACUGUUCCGAAUCGAACUCAGCAAGUCAAAUGCCUACGCUGGUCAGAGAGACCUUGUCAAUGCCGAACUCAAGGAGGUUUUGAGCUAUGCUGCAAGAGUAAAUCACGCCCGGUCACUCACUCUGGGUGGUAUUAAGAUUGCGGGUGCCUGGAGACAUGUCGUUGGAGUCCUCUUCAACGUCAUUCCUCUCGAGUUCAUGCCUGUUGGCCAGCGACACCGCCUCCUGCUCGCCAUUAUCAAGCUUCUCUUGAACAAGAUCCAGAUCGCAGGAGACACCCUUUCUCCGGAAAUCGCCUCGCUGAGCUCUUCAGCGCUGCUUCUCCUCUUGGCCAGCCUCCGCCAGUGUCACCUGGUGGUGCUGGAGGCCCGUGAGAGAGCCGUCGACCCCAACCAGCAGCUGCUUGACAGCUCAGGCAACGUCAUUGCUGAUCCCUUCCUGCUGACCAUCGACACACCAACCGUUGGUGCCAUCCUUUCUGGCAUCGCCCAUUGGCUCAACCAACCAAUUUGCAACGUGCAGCUCCUGAGGGCCAAUUUGUACGGAUCGCUGCUAGUUUUCCUGCAUUUGUCCUGCUUUGACGCCACUGCGGAGGAGUUGCGGGAACUCGGCCAAGGUCUUGGAGGGUCGUCGCUCUACUUCCGACGCCUGGCUCAAAACCCAAUUGCAUCCAAUCUGAAUGCCAUCACCACGCUGAACCAGCGCCGCAUGGCUGCCUUGGAGGCUCUUUCCAAGCUGAAUGAAAACUGGAUAAGCAGCAUAUUCGUGGACGCAACCCGCGGCCAUGAAGUGUGCCGCAUGCUGGCCCUAUCCAUGAUCGCGGCUCUGUUCCGGCUGAGUCCGCAGGCGAGUUGGACGUCCCUGAUGAUAAACAAAGGCUACCUGCAGUCACUGAUCGAGUCGAUCGUGAUGAGCGACCAGGAGCUGCUGGAAAUGCUGCGCCCGUCCCCAAGCAACCUGAAACCCCUCUACGUGUACGAGGCCAAGAUGGCCCUGCUGUGCCGGCUGGUGCAGGAGCGGCCUGAGGCCGAGGCGUGUCUCCGUCUUGGCCUACUCUCGGCCCUGAGCGAGUUGUCUGCCCUUGACUGUCGACCCUUCAACGAGGACGCUGGGCUCCACGACACUGGCGUCCCUGGCACGCUGGCCAGGUACCACCAGAUUCUCAUGCCGGCACUCAAAUUGUGCUCCUCCAUCCUCAACACCAUGGGCAGCAACAACAUUUCCUGCGUCCAUGAGGUGUCUACAUUCUUGAUUAACCACGCAGACGUUUUUCAACUGAUUUUGCGAAGUGGCUCGCCAAAUCUGCCACUGGAUGCCCUGCAGGAGCUGAGCUUGGUGGUGCACCUGCUUUCAAUCUGCGCCAGCCCCUCCAACAGCAACAUCAACCGGUCUCCUUUAGCAAAUCUGAGCAUGCAGCGCCUCCGGCAGUUUACCAUUUCACUGCUUCCCAAGUUCUACGUCAGCCAACAACUCGCUCUCCAACUCAGAACUGAUGACCCGCAGAAGGAGGAGGAAGACAAGCGCUACCUGCUGGUGUUGCAAACUGCCAUCCACCUGUUGACCUUCGCCCGGCACAUAGCCGUCGAGCAAAGGCCCAUGACGGUGUUGCAGCCCAUUUUCAAACCAUCCGUCAGUGACUCUGGCAACCACAACAGCACCGCGCACCUCCAACCGCCAGACCUGGGACUGCUGCUGAACCAGGUUAACGAACUCUCCCUGCUGGUCAGCAAGGCCAAGAAGCAGAUCGACCUCGAGGUCACUAGACUCAACUCCAUGUCAAUGUCGCUGCAGAACCAAGCCAACAUGACGAUGUCAGAACCGUUCCUGCAAUCGCGCCAGUUGGUCGAGGACAGAGUGGCGCGGCGGAGAACGGAAGUGAAGGCGCUGUGCCUGCUCACGGAAGAAUGCCUGCACCUGCUUUGGGCCCACCUCGACCUCUACCUGAGACGCAACCUGCCGCGCCCUGGCCACCCUCUAAAUGAAUCACUUCUGGAGCCAGGUUUUGUGCCAACGGCCCAAGAUUUGAGCGUGCUGAAGCAAGGAGUCAUCAUUGGACUGAGUGACAGAGUCGAGGCACAAAUUUCCGACGCAACUAAGGACCAAGCAGAGGGAAGCAAAGAUUUUAUUAGGAUGUUGCUCAGGAGGAUCAAGCGGCUCGUUCAGUUUGCCCCUGUUUGAUUUGAUCAUGUUCAUUGAAUAUUUUUCAAUAAAUUAGUUUCAAUUUUCUAAA